AAUUACUCGCUCAAUGCAUUCAAGCAUACACAUAUGUACAUUUUUACUGUUUCUAUUGCAUUAAUUCGACCUUUUCUUUAUCAGAGUCCAAAUUGCCGUCGAACUCGUAGAAUCGUAUGCCAGUUAGAAAUGAUGUCCAGCGCGCCUUGAUUCAGUCUACUGCUGUCGAGAACUCGGCUGGAAAAAUAUUAUCUGCGAUGACUUUUAAAAUCACUGACGGAUGAUUUGGUGGGGCGCACAACAGUUUGGAAGAGGUGGAUUUUCAGUCCAUGUCCAAUGAAAGUUCCUGCAAAGUUCGACUCGUCCAUAUUGUCAUUGAGGACCAUUUUUCGGCUCGAGCCUGAAAGUCUUCCGAGUGUUCAUCAGUACGACGAAGUCUUCUGAUCUCUCGUCUGAGGACUAUCGCAAAGGAUCGCUUUUGGCUGAAAAUAAUAGAUAAAAGUCUAUUCCCCGAUUUUUCUUUCGUUUUCCAUAAUUUUGUUGAUUUUCCAGACAUUAAAUAUACAAAUCAGCUGUUUUCAUAGCGCAAUAACGCAGCUUAUGCCAAUGUAAUCGCCUAUUCUGCGUUAAUUUCGACAUCGAUAGCAUACUCACGGGAGUGUAACUAGGCUAUCAGAAUCGGUUUUUCUUAAUAUUGUACGAUCUUGAAAAAAUGAAUACCCUCUGCAAUGAUUCACAAAAUAAAGCAACCCUAUUUUUAUAAACCGUGUGUUUGUAAAUAUUAUGUAAAAGGAUGAAAUUCUACACUAAGUUUAAUUGGCUUUGCAUAUAUUUUGCAAUCAGCGCAUUUGGUGUGUCAAGCCAAGAGGAUUAUUGUGCAGAGCUUUCCACGCAAUCAUUAAGCCGAAUUUUGGGUCAAGCAUUUAAUCCGCGCUAUAUGAGCAUUGAUCCGCCAGGAGGACCGCAUGAAGAAAGCUACAAUUUGGGAUAUAAAAGAUCGUCAUAUGAAAUACCAUUUUAUGCCGACAGUGAUGUCGUUUCAUUGGGAAACUUUCCGGCUUGGGAGACGAACCAUUUUGCAUAUUUCGGAAAAAGAGAAGAACCCAUUAAAGGCAGGAAAAUCCGCAUAAGAAGUCCUGUUGUUGAAAGAGGUGGAAAUGCGAACAUUGACGUUUUUAAACACCGUCCGUGGGAGUGCUCAUCAAAGAUUAAUUGGAUUGAUUUGGGAUUAAAUUAUUUUCCACGUUAUAUCCGUUCGAUUGAAUGCAUUUCUAGAAAAUGUUGGUAUGGGCACUUUAAUUGCAAACCAAAAUCAUUUACCGUAAAAGUUCUGCGCCGAAAAAGUGGUUCAUGCAUUCAAAUAAAUGAUAAAUUAGUUUUAAUUACCGCAGAAAAAUUUAAAAAUGAUUACGCGCAGCUCUGGAUUUGGGAGGAAAUAGCAGUUAAUUUUUGCUGUGAAUGUGUUAUGCUAUACUUAUAGCUCUGUUUAAUAGAAUUCACAAUAUAAAAUUUUCAAAUUUUUAA